AUGGCUAUCAAAUCUACCGAUAAAUUUGCUACCAAGGCUAUCCAUGCUGGUUCCCAUAUCGAUGUUCAUGGUUCUGUUAUUGAACCUAUUUCCUUAUCCACUACUUUUAAGCAAUCUUCUCCAGCUAAUCCAAUCGGUGCCUAUGAAUACUCCAGAUCUCAAAACCCAAACAGAGAAAACUUGGAAAAUGCAGUUGCUGCUUUAGAAAAUGGUAAAUAUGGCCUUGCAUUUUCUUCUGGUUCUGCUACUACUGCCGUCAUCCUACAAUCUUUACCACAAGGUUCUCACGCUAUCUCUAUCGGUGAUGUCUAUGGUGGUACUCACAGAUAUUUCACUAAAGUUGCUAACACCCACGGUGUUGAAACUACCUUCACUAAUAAUUUAUUAGAAGAUUUACCAUCCUUAGUUCAAGAAAACACCAAACUGGUUUGGAUUGAGUCUCCAACUAACCCAACUUUAAAGGUUACCGAUAUUCGUGCUGUGUCUGACUUGAUUAAGUCUCUAAAUAAAGAUAUCUUACUUGUGGUUGACAAUACUUUCUUAUCCCCAUACUUAUCCAAUCCAUUAAACUUUGGCGCAGAUAUUGUUGUUCACUCUGCCACUAAAUAUAUUAACGGUCACUCAGACGUCGUUCUAGGUGUUCUUGCUACCAACAACAAGGAACUUUAUGAAAGAUUACAAUUUUUGCAAAACGCUGUUGGUGCUAUCCCAUCUCCAUUUGAUGCUUGGUUAUCUCACAGAGGUUUGAGAACAUUGCACUUAAGAGUCAAACAAGCAUCUCUAAAUGCCCAAAAGAUUGCUGAGUUCUUAGAAUCGAGUGAUGCUGUGGAAGCUGUCAAUUACCCAGGUUUGAAAUCGCAUCCUCAACGUGAUAUUGUAAAGAAACAACAUCGUGAUGGUUUAGGGGGUGGUAUGAUCUCGUUCAGAAUCAAAGGCGGUGCUGAAGCCGCUGCUAGGUUUUCUUCUUCCACUAGAUUAUUUGCUUUGGCUGAAUCUCUUGGUGGUAUUGAAUCUCUAUUAGAAGUUCCAGCCGUCAUGACACACGGUGGUAUUCCAAAAGAGGCAAGAGAAGCUUCUGGUGUUUAUGACAAUUUAGUUAGAUUAUCUGUUGGUAUUGAAGAUGUCGAUGAUUUACUAGCGGAUAUAAAGCAAGCUCUUGAAAUUGCUACCAAGGGUAACUGA